GGACUGCCUAUAUGACUGGCUCUCUCGCUCAACAUAAAAAAGCUGGGCUAAAAUUUAUUGUAUAAAUGUUGUCAGUAGACAAAAUAAGGUAGUGCAGAUAAACGCAGUUAACGGUUAAGGAAAAGUGCAAAUAAUUGCAAAUUUAAGUAAAUAAAUUGUCCCAAAGGCAUAUAUACUAUGUAGAAACCGCGUAGAAAUCAAUUAAUAAUAUAAACGAAAUGCUUGAAAGACAAAAAAAUGUGUUUAUGAAUUGUAUAUAAUAGUUUGUGCAAUAAAUAUUAAGUUGAAUAACAGCGCCUUUGCAAUAACAAAAGUGGUUUCACAUCCAGCAAAUGGCUGCAGUGGUGCACGGUUGUGGCAGCUCAAGUCCGCGUCAGCAUCAUGGCAGCAAUAUAUCCUGUGCUAGUCUAGCGCAUCGUACACAACAUCCAAUAUCCACGCCUAUGUAUUCCACCACCAAUAAAAUGCCAAAAUAUUCGUCGCGGUCGAACGCAUCGCUCAGCAAGCAUCAUCACUUGUAUGGCGUUGGUGUCGGCAGUAUGGACCGCGGUGUGGGGGUAUGUAGCAAUGUAGGCACGCUCAGUAAUACGCUUGCACUCACCGCUCACCAGUCGCAAUCCUUCAACUCCACUUUGCCACCUGUCAACUAUCUGUCGGUUGGUGGCGGCAAUAGUACUGUUACAAGCGCUGUUACCGCUGGUGGAGGCGGUGGUGGUGGUGGUGUUGUUAGUUUACAUCAACAUUCCUAUACAGGCGGCCAGGCAAUAGUAGCCACCGAUCCUUGUCGCAACUAUUGGGGUCAUCCGAGUCUCUAUCGUGGUGGUCGGCAUCACAAUAAACGAAAAUCGGCUGUGGAGUUAUUGGCCGAAACGAAACCGUUUUUUAUUAAAUCCGAUACGGUUAUGGAGAGAUUACAUCAAUCCAGUUAUCGCGCUGCCACCAUCGCCAGCGCUGGCAAACGUGGACGUAGCAGCAUGGAUGCACGUGAUGACCUGGGAGGUGUUAGCCGCUAUAAGCCGUCAUGUUAUUCCUCUGAGUUGGUGGAUUCACGUGAUACGCGCGCCGAACAUCGAUUUAGUGUACCGAAUACUUCAGCGUCAGCACUACAUCAAAGUAGCCGCUCUAAUGCGUAUCAACAUCAUCAUCAUCAUCAUGAUCAUCAUGCGCAUAUGGGUAGUACGGCACGCCAUAGCGCGCCUACCUCGAGUAGUCUGUUGCAGAAUAAGGUACGUAUGCUGUUGGCGGGCGGUAGUGCUGGCGAAACGGCAAGGGAACGCACAACUGGCGCUUUGGGUCGCAGUUAUCGCGGCGAUCUACUGCGAAAAAUGGAUUUCACGAAUAAGAGUAGUGGACGCGGUGGUCUCGGCGGUAAAGAGCUAACUUCUGUCAGUUUCUCGAAUGAUGACGAUACGGGCAUACGUCUGCCACCACCCUCAUUCUUAUCACCACAAUCAUUUGAUAAUAUCUAUAGUUAUGGCGCUGAAAAUAGCAGUGGCGAUGAGCCACUAGUGCUGACCGAGAACUAUCGCCCCAUUAGCCCCCCAGCAGAGUAUGCAGCCGAUUCUGGCAAAAAUGAAUCACGCACCCGCUACAACUAUCAGCGUUCACAUUCACAUUCCCAUGAAAUGGCCACCGACCCGAAUUCACAGUAUAAUAUCAAUAGCCAUAAGUCAUUACCUGAUCUACACUCGCAAAUAAGUCGUCAUUCACCGCACAGUGAAAUCCUCAGCUGCUGCAGUCGGGGUAAUCGUUCAAUCAAAUCAGCCGGCGAGUCUUCGCUCAAUCGCGACUCGGGCGGUUCAUCUGGGCAUUAUACGCAUCGUAGUGAACCUUGUUAUCGCCAGCAACGUGACAGUAUUGAUCGUGAUAUGUACGCACAGGCUAGUAGCAAGAACUGUUGUCUUAAUACCAUACCCACACCCAUGGAGUACCGACGGGACUCUGGUUCAUCAACACAGCAUAGCGCGAAUUCAAAUGGCGCCGGCAUCGGUUAUGCGUCGCCUUCGUAUUUGCGCUCCAGCAUUGGUGAUUGUGCUGAAUGUCGCUGUAAGGGUGGUGUACGUUUCGAGUCUGAUGAUUAUUUCUUCAAUUUUCCGACACCGGAAGUGCCGGAAGCUUUUCAGGAUGACUAUACACCACCAUCACCCUCAGUGCCGCAUUAUGAUAUGGAAGAGACACGUUUCUCAAAUAUACCCAGCUUCCAAACUUUGCAACUACAUCAUCAACAACAACAAAUGCAAAAUCGUGAACAGGAACAACAACAACUCUUUAGUACUUCUGUCUACAGUAGCGGUAGCUUGAAAUCACCAAAGAGCUCGACCGCUCAGAGUCCCGGCUCGGCACCGUCAAUUGAAGACAUUAGUCCACCGCCUAUACAAUUCAAACGACAACGUUGUAUACGCUUCAAAAGUCGCAAUCGUAUUUCACUGCCAAAUGCGCCGUCGCUUCCCAGCAGCAUUGCGGCGCAAAGUGUGGAACGCGUCGAGCCCUAUCACAGCGAAAUGGAUCAGCAUACAUACUUUUUUCCUAAAUGUUUUUCCACAGAUACUUAUUCGUCGCCUGGUAAAAACUAUGUCGAAACUCUAACGCAGUCGUCAUCAACAUUAGCGGUUGAUAUGAAUAGUGGCACUAAAUCAAAUGAACGUGAGCAAACGGUCUCUCUCGACAUGACGCCCGGUACGGAUGGUAAUUUUGAGGAGCUCGAAAAGUUUUUCGAUCGUCUCGGCUUGAAUGAUGAAAAAUUCCAUGAAAUCUAUAGUGUACCCAGGCGACGUAAGAGCGCCGAUACUGACUCCGAAUGUUCUAGUACUGUAUUCUUCUCAGAUGUGAGUACUGUGGAUUCAAUGCGUCUUCCGGAUAGUACCGAAACACAACCCCAAACCACUCAACCAUAUCGACCCUCGGAGCCACCAUCUAUUGUUGAGCGCAAUGCUCGCAUCAUAAAAUGGCUAUGCAAUUGCCGAAAGUUACAAUAUGUCUAGGGGAUUGAGCAAAUAUCUAUUAUACCAUAUAAUCGUAUGCAUUACUAAAAUACCAAAUUGAGACAUUAAAAGGCUACAAGGGAUUGUUAGGUGUAUUAAAAACAAUUGAAAUGUACUAGUUUGGCAAUACUUGUCCUUUCUGACAAUGUGCAAUAAAAUGAAUUAACUCACUCACUUCGUUAUUCUUAUCUGAA